AUGACCGAAACUAAUCUCAUUUAUCUUCGAAUCAAUGACGAAGAAACUAAACAAAAGUUAACUUAUCGAUAUGUUGACUUGGCAAGUGCAUCACUCGGCGCGACAGUUGUUUCUUGUAAUGAUGAAUUUUUCGCUGAGGCGAAGAAUUUGCUUAAACCUGGAAAUGCGGUGAGGGAGAUUGGCAAAUAUACAGAAAAUGGUGCCUGGAUGGAUGGUUGGGAAACUCGUCGACAUAAUCCCUUAAAAUGCGAUUGGGUAAUCAUCAAAUUAGGAUUUGCAGGACAUAUUGCCGGAUUUGAUAUUGACACUACGCAUUUCAAUGGUAAUCAAGCACCGGCUGCCGCAGUGAACGCGUGUUACUCACCAAAUGUUGAUCCUGGAGAUGAGACCAAGUGGGAUGAGCUUUUACCCAAAGUAAAUCUCAACGCAACUUCACAUCAUUAUUUCGGUAUAUCCGAAACGAAAUUGAAAUAUACGCAUGUUAAAUUAAAUAUCUAUCCUGAUGGUGGUGUGGCGCGAUUUCGAGUAUACGGAAAAGUAAGUGCGAUAUUGCCUGCAGAUCCUUCAGCAUUAAUUGAUCUCGCAUUUGUCGGUAACGAAGGCCAUGCGGUCGCUUGCAGUGAUCAACAUUAUGGAAGCAAGGAUAAUCUUUUAUUGCCUGGUCGUGGGAUAAAUAUGGGUGAUGGAUGGGAAACAAAGCGUUCCCGCGAACCAAAUCAUAAUGAUUGGGUUAUUGUAAAAUUGGGGCGGCCGGGUUAUUUGGAGACUGCGGAAAUCGAUACUGCUCAUUUUAAGGGAAAUUAUCCCAAAGAAGUUAGAUUGGAUGGAUGCUUUUCCGAAUCGGAAAUCCCUGAUGAUAUUGAGUGGAUACAGAUUCUUGGGCCAUCAAAACUUGGACCGCAUAAACAACAUAUUUUCAAAUUGGUCUCCGUUUUAGAAAAACUCAGUCAUGUAAAGAUGACUAUUUAUCCAGAUGGCGGAGUAAAAAGAUUGCGUAUACUUGGCCGAAGGGAAUUACAAAUUAACAUACCAUCACAUCCAGUCAUUCAUCAUUCCAAUCCACACAUCACCAACAAUCAGUUCAAUCCACGGAUUAUCGUCGCAGAAAGAUUAACACACAGCGCAUUCGCUGCUUACGGUCAAGUAAUACAAUCAUUCACCGAGCCACAUCACGUCUCACCCACAUCAAUCUCAAUCAUUAACGGCAUCAAAGUUACACCUGCAAACCAAGGCACAGCACGAAAAUACAAUAACAUAGCACGUGUAAUUAAUUUCCGGCAAACAGUUUUGACGGAUGGUGAAGGAAAAUCAAUCGCGAAAGCUGAACCAAACCUUUCUGUGUUUCGCUGUAAACCGGCUACCAAAUUGCCAUUUGAAGUGAAAUUGCUUGAACGACAUUCAUAUUCGUCGCAGAUGUUUAUUCCAAUGACUAAACAAAAUAUGAGAGGGUAUUUGGUUAUUGUUUGCUUGAGUGGAAAUGACGAUAGACCAGAUUUGACUACCUUAAAAGCAUUCAUCGCAUCUCGUACACAAGGAAUAAAUUAUAACCCGGGUGUGUGGCAUCACCCAAUGAUAUCGCUAGAAGAGACAACCGAUUUCGUAUGUUUAACACACGAAUCCGGCGUAUCAACAGAGGACUGCGAAGAAAUUUGUUUGGAAGAAGAAAACGUGACCCGAGUCGAAGUUAAUGGAUUUGGUGGUUCUGAACAACCGAAGAGAAAAGUCGAAGAUGCGGGAAUUAGUAGUCAAAAAGAGAAUAAUGAUUUAAUUGACCAUGUGUGUCUAAAGGAACGGCAUUGUGAUCCAAGUUUGGCUGCCGUGACUUUUACUUCUGCUACUACAAGUACAUUAGUGAAGAGAGUUAAGAGAACAUGA